UCGACGCGAUCGGGUGUGCGCACCUCUGUCCAUAUAAUCCACAGCCGAUUUCGUGAUUAUUUCCCUGCGCCUGCGUGAAAUCGUGGACCUUCUUCAAUCAGCCCAAGACCUACGUGAAAUUGUGUGUUUUGUUUAAUUGUUUACCUAUCCCAAAGUCGAGAGUAUAUUUCCUGUAUCCUCCAUAAACAAAGGAAACGCUUGGAGGAAAUAAGAUAAUUAAUAAAACUGCUGCAAACGGAAAUAAAAAUAAAAACAAAAAAAAAUUAAAACUAAAUGUGCCGAUCGCGUUUUAGUAACGGUUUCGAUGCGGUUUCAAACAAUCGGUCUUAAGCAUUGACAUCAUUGAUUUAUGUCCCAAGUGUAAAUAAUUCGCACACACAGUACAAUACAAUACAAUAAACACCAAAUUGAGGCUUUCCUCCCUCUGGAAAAACAAACCAAUCAAAUGCAAUGAAAUGAAAUGUUGCCAUUGAUUUGCGCACAUUGCCAUUGUUCAGAGUUAUUGGUUGACUUUUAACUGGGAUCCGUACUUAAAAGCUGAGCUGUUAACAAAGACGCAGAGGAGUUUUCCAUCAUGGACAGCGGAAGUGUGGUUAGUGAACCGAUUUCCGCGCAUCAUCGCGCCUUCGCCAAACAGAAGUCCGCCUCCAUGACCAUUCUCAAUCCGAAGGGUUGUGGCAGUGCCAGUACAGUCAAGUACAGUCUGCACUCGACGGCAGGGACGAACCAGGAGACUGCCAGUACCAACACCACCAGCACCACCACCCCCUCUAGCCACAGUUCCACAACCGGAAGAAGGCGCAAGGGUGGUUCCUUGGGCGGCACUCUCUCCUCGCGAUCCACGCGCAGCGAAUCCAAGGAACUCCGGUCGGCUCUCCAAGAUCGGGAGGCCGUCAUCCAGAAUCUUCGCAUCCAGCUGUGCCUGGGCAAGCUGCCACGACCCACGGGUCCACCUCUCGAUGAGUCCGAGAAGCCGGCGGCUGAGCAGAAACUCAACAGACUGAAGACCGAGGCGGAAAAUAAGCGGAUUAAAAUCAAGAAUCUGAAGAGUGCUUUGGAAAAGCUGGAUAUUACAGACAACAUAGACAUCCGCAUUCGGCAGGCUGAAUUGGAAUAUGCUCUUGGGAGGGAGGAACUCCAGAUGCUCUCGAUUGUGGAGGAGGCUCGGGCUUUACAGGCACGUCUAGAGAAGUCCAAACCGGAAGCGCAAACCCUCUACAACAUCAUCAGUUCCGGUGUUGCCUUGAGUCUACAUGCCGUUCAUGCCACUUCGGGCAGAUGGGCAGCUCAACAGCGGACAGAUCAACCCGGAUUCUAUGUAGAAUGGGCCUUGGAGGGCGAUGGCCUGUACAAGGGUGAUCGGAUCUUGGAGAUCAAUGGACGAUUGGUCACGGGAAAGUCCAAGGAAGAGCUGCAGAAGCAGGUGGGAAACUCUGGCAAGUGCCAGAUGGUGGUGCUCCGCAAGAAAUCAGUACCCAUUCCGCAAAAGCAACUCGAUCAGGAGAAGGAGAAUAACAUGCGACUGCAGCAUCGCAUCUCGUAUCUGGAGGAGCAGGUGAAGGAGCUCCAGACGGUCAAGGAUAAUCCCCAGCAGCAGCAGCAUCCACAGCAUCCACAUCAGCAGACAUCCUCCAGUCAAUCGCAGCAUGUGACCAGCAUCAGCAUAUCCUCACCUCCCUCGACGCCACCUGAAAAACCCCUGAUCUUCCAGCGGGGCAACUACAUCACCACCUUGGUGGGUGGCAAACCCAUCGAACUGAUGGGUGACGAGAUACCCUCCACCCCAGCGCAUGUGACCAAGACCCUGAUCAAGGAGAAUACCCACAUCGAUAUGAGGGAUCGUCUGUCGCACAUGUACUCCAUGCCCUCCAAAUCGCUGUCCGCCUCGAAGAUCUCAAUAAAUAGCGACACCGCCUAUAUGCAGCACCAUCGUAGGGAGAAGGAGCGCCAUCGGGAUCGACAGCACCGGGAACGCCCCAGAGAUCCUCUCCAGCAACAACAGCAGCUGCAUCGCGAACAUCUCAUGAGCACUCAUGCCCGCAGUGUGGAGCAUCUCAAUCAUUAUAAUGGACUGGAUCGUCGCCGUGAAACGCCCCGUCAAAGUGAAACUCACACUCUGCGAGCCCGUCUUCCCAGCGAUAUGAGGAGUGUAAAAUCCUUGGAUUUCGAUAGCGAAAACGAAUCGAAGCCCGCGACUGAGACGCGUACUACUCGACCCACUCCGCCCAAGAAACCCCUUCGACUGUCGCUGCAAAGAGCCCAAAGUCUGCAGACCGUUGAGCUGCAUCCUUGUGCGGAUCUCGAGAGGAAGCGACCCAUGAAGAGGGUCCACCACAACAACAACAACAAUAAUAUCAAUAACAACAACAACAAGGGUGGUGGAGGAUCGCCGACGGAAGAGGGACAAACGAUGCUCAUCGAGAACUGCAGUCCCAUGCACACUGCCUCUUUAGGAAGGCACAAGCUGAUCUAGAAACCCCAUCCCAAACCAAAACUAUAUGUUAAUCGAAGUAGCUUAACCCUCGACCGUUUUCACCAGACGGUUGAACCCAAAAAACAGGCGGACAUGUGCAAAAUUAUAAUAAGCAAUAUCAUUUAAAAAUACUUCCAAAUAAGAGGUUUUAUCUUUAUGUCGUAGUUGUAGUAACUGUACUUACUUUCCGUAUCUAUAAGUAGGGCUUGGCUAUCAUCCAGUAAUUAAGAAACUUUGUAUGUAUGAUGAUUUUAUUAGCACAAUUUACCAAUGUGAAU